UGCGGUGACGCUCGGGAUUCAAGCUGGGUGAGUGGUGAGUGCCUUUGAGGUUGAUGUCGUUCAAAGAAAAGCACAAGACAGCUUCCCCGCUCAUGAGAUUUUAUUCAUCUCGACACAACCAAAGUAAUCGCGUCACCAGAGUGUAAGAGAGACGGGCCAAAAUGGCAUCCUUCCUCUCAUACAUCCCGCUGGUCAACCGACUGGUGAGAGGGGCGCCCACUACCAUCGAUCUUCCUCCCGUCGAGGUUCACAAUGUGGAAGCAGACCCGGACAAGAGGCCGCGCACGUUGAAGCAUCUUCUGAAGGCCAACCAUGUCAAUCACUCCAUUCUGUAUCACAAUCUCGAAUUCGACAACCACAUGGCGCACAUUCUGUGCUCAUCAUAUCUGCUCGGCGCAGAAUCACAACACUUGUAUCACAUAUUCGAAGUGGAAGCCAAAACCCUCGAGCCGUGGAAAGAUUCCCCUGCAGAGAUGGGCGAGGAAGACUGGCGUGAUUUCCUCGGAGACAAAAGAUACCAAAGAGCUUUCGUAGACUUUUUCGAGGAUGCCUUGGCGAUGAAGCACGCGUAUAAGUGGAAGGGUGUAGUGGACGAGUACAUGUUCUCCGGAGAUGAGCCCCUCGUCAAUGGUCUUGUUGGCGGUCUCGGUCACCCCCUCAUCCACCUUGGCUACGCCUACGAGUUCGACAGUCGCGAGAUCGCCACAGAGGCCCUCGGUCUUGCCUCUACACAGUACAACUAUCUCCACAGAUACCUCGACGACCCAACCUACACCGUCAAACCAACCACCUCAUCCACUCCCUUGGAGCUCCUGAACAAGCUCUCCAACGACACCCGCUUCGACAAUCUCUUCAAAACCCCCGCCUUCUCCAACAUCGAAGCCCUCUUCCACAGCAAAGAAUCCGAAGGCUUGGUACUGGAGUACUGGAAUGCCUGGGACAUCACCUCCUCUGCCUGCUCCCCAGCAGAACAAUUCCAGCUCUCACAAGAAGCCGCUGUCCAACUUUUAGUAGCAACCGUUGCCCCGGGAACACACUCUUACAACUUCUUCCUGGUGCACGUUCUAACCACCAGCCACGCCGUGAGAGUUCUCUUGCCGUUCAUUCCGGCGAAAUUCCAUGUCAGUAUUGUGAGACAGUGGUGGUUGUUGGCCUUGGCGGCGUAUAUUGCUGUCUUGAGGCCGAAGAUUGACGUGGAUUAUGUGCCUGGGGAGGGGGAGCUGAAGGGGAAGGGGUGGAAGUAUGUUGAGCACAAGGCUUUGACGGGGGAAUGGGCUACUGACGCGCAUUAUGUCAAGGCCAUCCGGGCGAUGAGGGAAGCGGCGAGGACUUGGGGGGAUGUUCAUGAGAAGUAUUUGGCUGCUGCUGUGAGGUUUAGUGAUGAUUUUGAGGGGUGGUUUUGAAGCGUUGAGGGAGAGGGGAGGUUGAGAUAUGGGUGCGGAAGUUGAUCUUUGAGUUGGCAUCGAAACGGUCGUUCAGCUGAGCUUACAUGUUAUAUUUUGGGGGUUCUGUCUGGCAUCAAAACUGCAAUAUUAUCAAGGAGGUUGUAGCAUGCAUAUAAUUUCAUACUCGGUCCCAUUCAUGUCUCUUUCAUGUUAGCUAUCGUGGUUGCGGUGACAAAGC